UUUUUCAUUGACUACAGCCGUCAUGUCGAAAACGUGAAUCCCGCGAACUUCGUCGUGAAGUUGUCAUUGAACACGUUGAAGGACAAAUUCUGACUUUCGUUGUUCAUCAUGACUGAGGGGUAUGAGCUUACCGGAAAGUACUGCCAUGAAGAAGGCUUCACCGAUUUUACAUUAACUGCGGAUGGCAGGAAACUCGUCACUUACGGAUCUGACGGAGAGAUCAGGAUUUGGGAGAGUAUCGGAUCAGAGCCUAUAUUUCUGCCGAUGGAGGAUGUUCCGUGUGCGAUUGAUUCGUUUGGAGAUAACUUCCUCGUUGGAACUGAUAAUUUUACGGUUGACAUGUACUCUUUGUCGACACUCACAAGAGAGAGCACCGUAUUGAAGUUCACUGGAAAACCCACUCACAUUGUCUCAAACGCGGAUGGACUUCUAAUAGCUGCAGGAUGCUGUGACAUGAAUAUUAAGUGUGUGGACUCCAGGAAGUCUGACAAGAGAUUCCUUCAGUUUUCCGGUCAUUCGUCUGCGGUCUUAAGUCUUGCGUUGGAUCCUCAGGGCCAAUACUUGGCCUCCUCCUCUGCAGAUGGAACUCUAAAGAUCUGGUCGUUAGAAACAGAAGCAUGUCUGCGCACGGAGUACAACUUGAUCGUUAAAUCGAAUGACUUCGAAACUUCAACUGUACUGUGCCGAUUGGCGUUUUCUCCGGGAGACGGGAAGUUCUUGGCGGUGCCUUCAACAGACGGCGUUCGAGUUUUUGCGAGGGAUUCCUGGGAUUUUCAGUUCACACUUGCAGAAAGUGGAGUUUCUUCGUAUUCCUCUGUUGAUUUUUCGUCAUGUGGAAGAUAUCUUGCUUGCGGUUGUACCGACGGUCAUCUCCUGAUAUGGGACUGGAAAAUUAAACGGUUGAUGUCCAAAUGGCAAAGACUUAAUAAUGAUCCAGACAACGACGUUGAGAAGCGGGAUAAACGACCGUUAAAGCUCUUCGCUAUUUGCUGGUUUUGUGAAGCAUCAGGAAAUGAACCAGUGGUUGUCUUCACGGAUGAAAAAGGAUUCAUGGGGAAAGCUUCUAAUCCUGUGGUACGAUCGAUUGACUCGGUACCCUCAGAAAACAUCCCAUCUGUUCGUUCAGAUCCUAAGGUUUUGUCAGAAGCAGACAUUGACUUUCUGGAGGAGAUGGACGAAGACAUGCUCUUGGAGGCAGUGAAUAACGCCGAAAUUCUUAUCGUGUGGAAGAUAUCUUGCUUGCGACUUAAUAAUGAUCCAGACGACGACGUUGAGAAGCGGGAUAAACAACCGUUAAAGCUCUUUGCUAUUUGCUGGUUUUGCGAAGCAUCAGGAAAUGAACCAGUGGUUGUCUUCACAGAUGAAAAAGGAUUCAUGGGGAAAGCUUCUAAUCCUGUGGUACGAUCGAGUGACUGGGUACCCUCAGAAAACGUCCCAUCGUCAGAUCCUAAGGUUUUGUCAGAAGCAGACAUUGACUUUCUGGAGGAGAUGGACGAAGACAUGCUCUUGGAGGCAGUGAAUAACGCCAAAAUUCUUCUGAAGCCACCAGCUUAUCAAGAAUUGCAAAAUCGUCGUAUUACGCCUGAGCAAGAUGCUCAGAAGCAAACCGACGAUUCUUUGGAUGAUGCACCAAUGGAUGGGUAUGUAGAUGACAAGGAUGAUGACAAUGAUAACUAUUCCUCUGUCGAUUUUUCGUCGUGUGGAAGAUAUCUUGCUUGCGGUUGUACCGACGGUCAUCUCCUGAUAUGGGACUGGAAAAUUAAACGGUUGAUGUCCAAAUGGCGAAGACUUAAUAAUGAUCCAGACGACGACGUUGAGAAGCGGGAUAAACGACCGUUAAAGCUCUUCGCUAUUCGCUGGUUUUGCGAAGCAUCAGGAAAUGAACCGGUGGUUGUCUUCACGGAUGAAAAAGGAUUCAUGGGGAAAGCUUCUAAUCCUGUGGUACGAUCAAGUGACUCGGUACCCUCAGAAAACGUCCCAUCCGUUCGUUCAGAUCCUAAGGUUUUAUCAGAAGCAGACAUUGACUUUCUGGAGGAGAUGGACGAAGACAUGCUCUUGGAGGCAGUGAAUAACGCCGAAAUUCUUCUGAAGCCACCAGCUUCUCAAGAAUUGCAAAAUCGUCGUAUUACGCCCGAGCAAGAUGCUCAGAAGCAAACUGACGAUUCUUCGGAUGACGCACCAAUGGAUGGGUAUGUAGAUGACGAGGAUGAUGACGACGAUAACGUAAUUUCUCUGGCAAAAAUUAAGGCAGAGUCAGGAUUUUUGGACGACGAAACUCGAGCUUUGCAAGCUCAACGAAAAGAAGACGAUGAAGUAAGCUUGCUGUCAACCAAAUCCUAUGUUGCCAGAGACUUCACUAAUUUCGAAAGGCAGAUAGAAAAACUGAAACCGAAACUCCAGGCGCCUUUCCAACCAGGUUCAACUCCACCUCGACUUGAGCAUAGAUACAUGAAAUGGAAUUCGGCUGGUAUUGUGACGUGUUACAAAAACAAAACCGAAAUCAUGGUGGAUGUGGAAUUCCACAAUAUUGGAAUUCACCCACCAUUCCACCGCGAUUUUCCGACGGAAUACUCGAUGGCCGAUUUGUCUGUCGAAGCACUGGUGCUUGCAGGGGAAGGGUCGGUUGAAGAGAACCAGAGAAGCAAACUUUUUGUCGAACCGUUGAAUGGUUUCGGAAACAAACGUGAAUGGACUCUUGAAAUGCCCCCAAACGAGGAUAUCUGCUGCGUUUCGUUGGGUUCGGGAUGGAUUGUCGUUGCAACGUCUUCAAGAUUGCUGAAAAUAUUCUCUCUCGGUGGUGUCGCCAUGAUGCCUGCGAUUUCAAUCAGCGGAGAUGUUGUUUGCGUUGUUGGCUUCGGAGACCUCUUGGCGAUAAUCUUUCAUCGUGGCGUUGGUGACGGUGGGGAUCAAAACCUAGGAUACUCCAUCAUGAAUGUCAAAAAAAGAUCUCUCAUCAAAGAGAAUGGAAAUUUCCCAUUGUCUCCAAAAUCGUUUUUGUUUUGGAUGGGCUUCACUGAUGAAGGAAGUUUAUGCUCUGUGGAUUCUAUGGGUGUUGUUCGUCUGUGUCCGCAAGCUGGCCGUGGACUUUGGUAUCCGAUUUUGAACUUGAAUGAAGGGUUGGCUUGUAAGAGCGAUCAGUAUUUUGUGAUCGGAAUCAGCGAAAGGAAGGAAUCGGUGAGAUGUGUUUUGUGCAAAGGAUCAAGAUUUCCGGUUACCGUUCCGCGUCCGAUGAUCACCUCGCUUCCAUUCAAGUUACCGCUGGAUGGUUUUGAUGCUGAACACGUGAUAAUGCAAGAAGCGGCAUGGGGGAAACGACUUCUUGCGUCUUGUUUGCAAAAUAUUUCCGAGCAAGGCGCUGAUGUUUCAAACGAUAUCUCCGUUGCAAAUGCAGAUGUAUCAGCAAAUAUGAUGAGGUUAUUCGCUCUGGCUUGCAAGAAUGGCCGCGACAUGUUCGCAUUCGAUUUGGCUCAACUCAUGCCAACAGAACAUUUGGGCCUUGUCGUCAAGUAUGCAGUCACUCAGAACCGUCUUCUUGCUGAGAAAGUGAAUGAAUUGCUGAGGGAACGCGAAGAAUCCACCGAUGAUAUUGAUGAAGACCCGGAGAAAUGUGAUCUGUUGGACAAGCGUGAUCUGUGGUCACGUGCCCCAGAGAAGGAUCUGGGUCUCGAUGCUGGAAACUCGUCCGUCCCUGUGAUGCCAACUGCAGUGACGUUGAAAUCCAGGAGAUCUUUCGGAGUUCAACGGGGUUCUGAGCACGACAAUGAAUCGACGCUUGCUGCUAACUUUUCAGACUCAUAUGCAAAUAGAAGUUACAGCUCGAACCCACUCCUAGCUGCCUCGGAACUUGCGAAAGCGCGUUCUGCGGUACUGCAAGGAAAAAACGCGGAAUCCCGCGCGAAUCCAUUCAAAAAAGAUCAUGUCGAGGAGUCGUCGAACGCUCACAAUCGCAGUAUCGGAGAUGGAAAUACCGUCUUUGAUUCCUUGGAAGUUAGUGCUCUAAAGAUCGAAGCGAAGAAGGUCUUAGGAAAUCGGAAAAAUGAAUCUAUUUCAAAUGAUGUAUCGUCGAAAAAAUCGAAGCAGCUGAAAUUAUUUGCUACUUCAGAAGGCAAGAAAGGAAUGCAACAGCCACCGAAAAUUGCGGGAUCAUCUUCCAAACUGCCCCCCUUCCCGGAAUGGUUCAAAACGGAGCGGGAAAAUAUUCUGAAGGAUUUACCGGAUGCUGAAGAGAAGGAGGUUGUGAAAGAGGCUAUGGAUAGGUUUAAAAAGCUUAAACAAAGUCGUCAACCCUCGUCCUUGACGAAGGAAGUAGUUCCUUUGAAAGAAGAUAAACACACAAAACGAAAGCUGGAAAACGCGAAAGAAAAUUCAGCUGCUCAUUCCGAUUCUGAGAAAGAUGGCGAUCCAACGGCGAAGAAACUUAAGUCUUCCGGAAAAUUUCGGUUUGCUCAAUUUGCACAAGAAGAUUCUUGAUCAUUUCUAAACAUUAAUUUUUUAUGAGAUCUUCUGCUGCCUUGAUCAUGAUUUCUACGGCAUUGAAACAACUUUGUAUCAUUCGAA